UAAGAUUUUGCAUUCAAGCAGCUUAUUUGCAUCUUAUUACCCGGUGAUAUUCAGUGAAUCCUCUUUCCGAUGAUAGGAGUGGAUUGUUGCGUUCCGAGAGCUUCACAAUCAUAAUAGCCUUCCUCGGGGCUCCUCACGCCUGAGGCAGAAUUCCCUCUUCGUGGGGAUGAUCGCAACACGUCUGAUGGUGAUCUCUCGCGGUGGAUAACCAGUACUGGGACUGCAAACCCCUCGUAGAGACAAUGAGCAGCGUGCUCUUACGUCCCAGGCGGCAAUCGUCACCGGCAGCGACCGAACGCUUGACCUCGAAGCUACGCCCCGCAAUCGAUGCGUUGGCUGGUUCUAUACGCGACUCCUUGUGCCUUGAUGAUGCAUUGGCAGCUACAGAAAGCAUUAUUUGCCUCCGGCACGCGUUCCUCGACGAUGCUCAACCCCUCGAAGCGAGAGACGCGUUCCGCCACCUCCGAGGGUUCCAAGUGCUCCUCGACUUACUUGAGCGUUUGGCCCACUUAUACGAACCCAAAGCUUUCGAUCCACAGCAGCGUAGGGCCGUCCUGGCUCUAGUGAAGGAGGUAAUAGGUGUUCUUGGGGAAACCUUGAAAGACCACCAUGGUAAUAAACGUUACUUUGCACGAAGAGUUCAUGGAAGUGGAGAGCCUUCCUUCGAGCAAAUAUUGUCAAGCCUUUCUGGCAAGUUGGAGGAGAAUACCGACGGAGACAAGGAUCUCGAAGUUGAACAAUUCUAUGGCGGGCUCCUUGCUGCUGGGCUGGGCCAACAGACUGUUUCGGGCCUAUUCACGUCAUUGAGAAAGAAGUUUGACAAUGACAUAGAGGUCCUGCCCGCUGCGAUCAAAGAGGCCAUAGAGGAUGCCAUAGGAUCCUCGGAGGUCGUGGAGAACCCGGAGUUUUUCGGGCCUCUUCUUCAACUUUGGCUCGAACAGUCCUUGGAGCUUUCUAAAUACCCAAUCCAACGCUUGGUUGUCCCAGCCUGUCUUGGGCGUCUUGCCGCGCAGUCUUCUCGGAAUCGCCUUGCUCUUCAUUCUACUGGAAUGCUAACUUCCCUCUCAGGUCUCAUUACCAACUCAAACCGUAACAGGGAAGAAUUAGCGCUGUAUUACGAGUUGGCUGUCGUCCUGAGCUCAGAAGGCUUCGACAAUCUUGACGAUGCGGCGGAGCUUUAUCGCAAGGCCCACGGUUCCGUGGAGGCCUCUAGGUUCCUUCUGGCAACUAUUAAAUCGUCAAAAGAACCUCCUUUGGUUCAAUUUGACAUGUCAUCCCACGGUUACUCAUCAAUUGAAUUGCCUACUCUUGGGAGGCCGUUCCCACCUAUCGCAUCGGCUGGCUACACACUUACUGUUUGGGCUCGAUUUGAUACUUUCGAUCCUAAAGUCCACACCACUAUCUUCGGAGCCUUUGAUGCAACCCAGACAUGCUUUUUGCUUGCAUACCUGGAGAAGGACACCCGUUACUUGAUUCUUCAAACUUCCAUCACCGGUAGUCGCCCAAGUGUCCGUUUUAAAUCCACGGUGUUCUCCCCUGGUGUCUGGUAUCAUAUCUGCAUUGUGCACAAAAGACCUAGGCCAAUAUCAUCUUCGCGAGCAUUACUGUUCAUAAACGGGGAGCUCGUAGAGCAGCUGAAAGCAGACUAUCCUCAGGUGCCUGCGAGUCGUUCAGGCCAGAAACAAGCUCGUAUCCAAGCUUUCUUAGGCACCCCACAGGACCUAGCCCUAAGGGUAGGGAAAGGCCUGUCGGCAUCCAGCUGGUCUUUAGCUUCAGCCGUAUUGUUCGAGGAGGCGUUUACGGACGAUAUUAUUUCUGUCCUAUGCCAACUAGGCCCUAGGUAUUACGGAAACUUCCAAGAUUGCUUGGGCUCGUUUCAGACAUAUCGAGCUUCCGCAACAUUGAAUUUGCGCAAUGAGAACUUUCAUCCUGGAAAGGAGGAACACUCCGAUAUCGUGGCUGUAAUACGCCAGAAGGCUAGUAUUUUGAUACCAGAGAAUUCCAUUUUACUGAACAUUUCUCCCACCGCUGUUCUUGAUGGCGACGCCAGCAAUAUUGAUGAGUCGCAGCUGGUGAAAUCAUUAUCGAGGAACCCAGCUAGACACCUUAACCAUUUCCUGAAAGCCGGAGGGAACUCUGUUGCCAUCAAUAGAGCCGUUCCCGCCAUAAAUAGAGCGUUAACUGAGCCCCAGGGCGUUGCCAUUCUCACCGGGAAUCCUGUGCUGUCCCUCCCACAGUCACUGGACGAUGCUGCCUGGCGCAUUGGCGGCUGCGCCGCCGUCCACCUUAAUAUGAUCGAGGCUGCCACUACUCCUGAGCAUCUCCGGUUAGCCGUAGAGAUUUUGUUAGAGUCAGUGCAGGAUAGCUGGCGGAAUAGCGAAGCCAUGGAAAAAGAAAACGGUUAUGGAAUUCUUGGUAUACUGUUGAGAGAAAAACUUGGAAUUACAGCUGCCAUCCCGAAUGCGCCAAUAAAGGUUGCAUCCGUCUGUUCAAAUUUGCAAGAAAGAAAUGAGCUUGCGAUGGAGCUGUUGAUUCUGAUUCUAAAAUUUGUGGGAUACGAUUUCAACAAUCCGAAGAAAUCUAUUAUUAUUAACCCGUUGGCAUAUCGAGUGCUGCUGGUUGAUUUAGACAUAUGGCGCCUUGGGGAUCUCCCCCUAUUGGAGGUUUACUACUCUCAGUUUCGUACUUUUUGCAUUGAAAGUCAUUACCAUCGCUUCAACGCUAAGAGGCUAUCGCGGAUGCGUGUAAUCAAAAGAUUACUGGAUUCUUUGAAAGAUGGAAUUUUCACAGCCGAUAAUAUAAAGCUGUUUAUACCUGCAUUCAGCUGCCUGACGACCUGUUGCAUGAUGGCCGAGAUACUGCGCUCAAUCGCGCUCUUCAUCACAUAUUCUGUCCAUAACCCGAAACCGCCGAGCAGGUUGCAGAACAAGAAGAGCACGGCAAGCAUUACCAGACAAUUCCGACGAGCCACUGCCCCUCAAUUCCAGGGAAGAAUGGCUGUUUAUAUAUCUAAAGAACAGAUAGGUGUGGAGCUCCUGCGGACAUUCGCGGACAUUUUCUGUGCUUCUGAAAAUACCGCCAAUAUCCAAAAGUUUGCCAGGACGGUAACGAACAAGUGGCUUCUAUAUCUGAUUUCCGAGGACAAUGCAGACGUGGUCAUUCAGGCAACAAGAAUCCUUGCGAGGCUACUCACUGUCCAUGGGUCGAGCUAUACGAGAAAGUUCGACAAAUCCGGUGGCUUCGUAAUACUUCGACAUUGUUUAAAGCGGUGGUGGAGUUUACCCGCCCUAUGGCUGUUCUGCUUUGCAGUUUUGUUCGGCCAAGAUGUGAAAAGCAUUGAUAUGGAACAGGGAUUCGACCGCGCAGCGUUUACAGCCUUACUCGAGAAUUCAGAAAAGGCGAAAGUCGCAUGCCCGGAGGUCUUUCCAGUUAUCACUGGGAUGCUUCAAAGUGCACUAAAGUCAUUUAUUUUGGAGACACGUGCCGUUGAACGCCCAGAAGAGAGUGAUGAUGAACUCUGGCUUGGAGGAUCGGGUCGAAGAGAGAAGUCGAAUUCGAUCUCUGGUUUACACGAAGACUUGUUAGAAAACGUCGUCCAUUUUUUGGCCAAUAUACACACCAAAUGCUCAGACUUCCGGGACUUUGCGGCAACGUCAAACUAUGUCGAUGAGCUGCUCCUUGUCUUGUUUCCCGUCGUAGUCGGCUCUGACGCGGUUAAUGCGAGCGUGGAAUUGAACUCACGCAAUUCGAGCCUCACAUUUGGGAGCGACAGUGUGGUUAUCCAGCCACUUUCUAAUGCUCGACCAGUUCUUCGUACCAGCACGGUUGAGCGCUGUGGUGGUGAGGAAGGGGGAGACAGUUUCCGGCGAGGGUCGUCUUUCAUCCUAGUUUCAUCCGACAAGGCUAAAUACAACCCGUCCUCCGCGCGUUUGCGACAUGUUGUAGAGCCAAAGGCCGACGUAGCAAGUACUGUGCCAGCGCAUUCAGUUGUUCAGGAAUUGCUCGAUUUGGUCGUUUCUGUCUUAAUGGACCAAUUGUUGACUCGUAAAGAGUUCUCUGGCCUGUCGAUAUUCCUGAAGAUGCCUCCCGGGUUCAUAGAGCAUCAGGUUUACUUCGAGUCCUGGUUACAACGCAACAUCUUGCUCCAGAUUGAAAGCAAUGUUUUGCUAAACCGAAAGGCACUGUUGGAACCGCGAGUUUUAAACAAUCUUGCAAGGCUAUUGACCCAGGUUGCAGAUGCUAUUUACGAAGGCUGGUUUAUAGACGGAGCUACAGUGACUCUAGAUUUCGCGGGCCCGAUUUUGGAAUACCUCCAAAAGAGCGAAGUGGCAUCUUUGAAAAGCAUCCGACUUUGCAGUCAAACAAUUGGCAAUAUACGAUCUAUCGUCUUCCGUACGGUCUUGCUGAGGCUAUCGGAAACUGAAGAUGCGGCAGCCCUUUCCUUUCUAAAACGUCUUACUUACUGGCAAACAGUGCUCCUGGGUUCUGAGGAAACGCAGGCGGAACAUUUGCAGCUGAUGUGCUACCUUUUGUACUCCAAAAUAGUCACAGAAGAAGAAGACGUCCGACUGCAGGCUGCAGGUCUAUGGCGAAUCAUCAUGGUCCAGAAACCGACAGAAACUUUGGCUAUGUUGAGUCAAACCAGUUCAUCCCUCCAUAAACGACUAUCUACCGGAUUUCAAAAGCUUGUCGCCAUGGACAAUAGCAGUUUCCUUCGAUGGAUAGAUGACCAACGAGAUGAUCUUGACUGCUUCUUCUUCGGCACAUUGUCGAAAGUAUGGGAGAACUUUGUGAGGCAGGAAAAUAACAAGACGGAUGACACUGCUAGAAAUCGAUUGUCAAAGAGAAAAGAGAAGUUGAAGCAGUGGAGCCAGACCGAUGAAGCGAAUGAGGAGAUUAUCCGUAGACACGAUGUUACCUUUGGGCAUUGGACUUCAAACAUCUCGCUUUCGGAGAAACUCAAACAUCAAAGAUAUGCUCAAGACCAGCAAGACGACUUUACUUUCUUGCUCUCCAUUUUUUCUCGCGUUUACCGGAAUCUCCGCCGCGAAAAUGGCCUUCUCGCAGACCGCAGCGAAACUAAAUGGCGUCUAGACCAAACGGAAGGUCGGAGCAGGAUGCGUCAGCGGAUUAUUCCCGACGAUACAGUUGGUAAACAGGAUUAUCAGCCCAAACGAAGGGCGACAGAGUCUCAUCCAUCAAAAUCAGAUACCCGGCCACGCUCCAACACAGAUAGUGAUGGCGUUUCUAUCACUCCCUCCGAAAUUGCAGCUGAGGGGCUUGAAGAAGGUUCUUUGGUGGAUGAUAAUGGUGAUGGGGCGGGAAUGGAUGAUAGCUUUGAGAUCAUCGAGGAGCCCAAGGACGGCGAGGAAGAUUAUGAAGAUAAGAAUCGGAAGGUGAUGAGAAGCCUCCAUCGCGGAGACCAAGUGCAACAUGUGUGCAAUAUUUCUAGAAUUGUUGGCCUAGAAGCGUGCGAAGGCCUUCUAAUUCUUGGGAAGGAUAGCAUCUACAUCAUGGAUAACUACUUCCAGCGCCCGGAUGGGGAGAUUGUCAACGUCUGGCAGGCCCCGCGUGAGGAGCGCGAUCCUUACGUGCGCAUGAUCUCGGGUCGAGAGUCAAGUGAGCGAAAGUACAACAAUGGUGAGCAUGAAACCAGAAGCUGGAAAUGGCUUGACGUGGUUAGUGUCUCGAAACGUCGUUUCUUGUUCCGAGAUGUGGCUCUUGAGAUAUUUUUCACGGAUGGUCGCAGCUUUUUGAUAACCUUGAUCUCGCCGCCUGCUCGAAACGAACUGCAUACCUGGCUCAUUUCCCGAGCACCGCAGACCCAAGCAGCCAGCAACUCAUCACAAGCUGACGAUUCCUGGAGGUUCGAAGCCCUGCGAAGUCAAGAAACCAAGCCACAGUUUUUUGGAUCUAAGCUUGUCAACGUGUUUGGUCAAGGAGGCUUGCACCCUGCAACCCGCAAGUGGUUAAAAGGAGAGAUGUCGAAUUUUCAUUAUUUGAUGCUAGUUAACACAUUAGCCGGGCGGACUUUCAAUGAUUUGACCCAGUAUCCUGUUUUCCCUUGGGUGCUCGCGGAUUAUACGAGCGAAGAACUGGAUCUCACAAACCCGAAGACAUUUCGAGAUCUUUCCAAGCCGAUGGGAUGUCAGACCCCCGAAAGAGAAGCUGGCUUCAGAAGCAGAUAUCAGUCGUUUGCCGAGAUGGGCGAUCAUAACGCUCCUCCUUUCCACUACGGAACACACUAUUCCUCCGCAAUGAUAGUAUGCUCCUAUCUGAUACGACUCCAGCCAUUUGUCAAAUCUUUCCUUCUACUGCAGGGUGGAACAUUCGAUCAUGCUGAUAGAUUGUUCUACUCCGUCCCCAAGGCGUGGGAUUCGGCGUCAACCUCAAACAUGACAGAUGUGAGAGAAUUGACACCGGAAUUCUUCUAUUUGCCAGAGUUCCUUCUUAAUUCAAAUAAGUACGACUUUGGCUUGCGACAGAAUAUGACCCAAGCCAUAGAUUCUGUGGAAUUGCCACCCUGGGCUAAAGGAGAUCCAAAAAUUUUCAUCGCAAAGCAUCGUGAAGCCCUUGAGAGCCCGUAUGUGAGCCGAAAUCUCCAUCGAUGGAUCGAUCUUAUCUUCGGUUUUAAGCAAAAGGGCGAAGCUGCACUGGAAGCCGUCAAUGUGUUCCAUCACCUAUCCUAUCAGGGAGCCAGGGAUCUUGAUAGUAUUGACGACCCGCUUGAGAGGCUGGCUACCAUCGGCAUCAUUCAUAAUUUUGGACAGACCCCGCAUCAAGUGUUUAAUAAGCCACAUCCUCAGCGAGAAGAAGUGCAUCACAAGCUUAAUCAGUUAGACAUUGCAGCAGAGGGCCUUACUCGGCUUCCGUUUGCGCUUUUAGAUACCCAGGAACGAGUUGCAUCUCUAUCCUUUUCCGUAAAACAUGAUAGAUUGUUAUGUGCGGCUGCUUUCAGGUUAAACAUCCCACCGAACUAUGACAAAUACAUGGAAUGGGGUUUCUCGGAUAACAGUGUCCGCUUCUACGCGUCAGAUACUAGAAGGCUUGUCGGCCACUUUGAACAUCUUCAUAUUGGACAAUUGUCAUGCGCACUUUUUGCUGAUUCGCAAACCCUCAUUACGUCUGGUGUCGAUUGUGUUAUAUCAGUAUGGUCGUAUACGACGACGACGAAGUCGGUUGAAUUGCAUCCAAAAGCUUCGUUAUUUGGACAUCGAACGCCUGUGGCAUUGCUGGCGGUGGCUCGGUCUUUCAGCACUAUUUUGUCAAGCUCAAAAGAUGGUAGAUUAAUGCUGUGGGAUCUUAAUCGACUAGAGUUUGUACGAGAGCUACCAGCUGGAGAACCUGUUGAUCACGCUCGGAUAAAUGAUGCCACCGGAAAUAUCAUGGUCUGCCGUGGUAGUCGUGUAAGUCUCUACACGCUUAACGGAGCGCUGCUACUCGAGCAAGUGGUCUGUGAUCAAAACGAGGAUUGCAUUCUCUCGUGUGCUUUUUACGAAGGAGUCAGCAACGAAUGGCUGGAGCGGGAGCUGAUUUUUACGGGCCACCGUCGUGGACUUGUUAACGUUUGGAGCAAGACCAUCCGAAACGGUCGAUUCGAGUUGGAUUUGAUCCGUCAACUCCAUCAUGUCGAUCAGGUCCGGGGAGACGGUGCAGUGUCUUCUACUGGUAUAACGUACAUUCUACCGCUAGCCCAGGCUGUGUAUACAGGCGAUGAGGCCGGGAGUGUGUAUGAAUGGACUUGUGUUCAGCGACGUUGA